CUGGUCACAUGAUACAGAGCUCUGAUAAGAUGCAGAUAAGAGUCAAUCAGAGCAUAGAACAAGUGACAGACGAGAGAAGGACGGACCUCCUACAAUACAGAUUUCACACACUGUGCUUCUCUGAUGGCGGUCUUUGCGAAGGCAUGGGAGUCAGUGGGCUUCCUCCAGUCAGUGAACUCGGUGGUCCUGGGACUCAUUGCUCAGAUCAAUGAGACCGCUACCGCCGAUGAAAUAGAGUUUGUUAAGAAGACCCUGGAGUCCAUCGACCGGCAGCUGGCUGCAGGCAAGGGGUUAAUGAGAGACUCCGAUGUCACUAAAUGUGAAGAUAGCAUCACGGUGGUGUACCAGCAGCUGGCUACAGUGGUCCGGGCAGGGAAACUGUACAAAGACAAAGAGAAGGAAGUCUUCCUGCAAUACGUAACUGAUUACAAGAUUGACCGCCAGCUCAACUCCCUCUAUAACCGCCUGCUGGGCAUCUCCGUGCUGGCGGACCACGUGACCCUCCUGCAGCAGGUGAUACGAGACAACCACCCACGUCGCUGGCAGAUGAUUGCCUUCUGCCAGCAGGUCAACUUUGUCCUAGCUACAGGUCUCCUGUGCCUUUUUGUUAAUGGUUCUCUGACCGGGCGGGAUACCCAGGUCAUGAUGGGCAGAUGGACAGACAAAAUGGCCGCUCUUUAUAAAAGAAUGGAGGACACUUCCAGAGACUGCGCCUCCUACUUCAAGUCCCAAGCCCAAGAAGACGUGGAAAAGUACCUACCACUAAAUGUGGCCUUGCCGGAUGAUGAAAAAGCCACUGCCAUACACAAACUCAUGGAGAAGAAUUACGAUUGGCUGCGCUGGGCAGUAAUGGUCUCCCACCCACAAACCGAUAAGGCAGUUGGGGUCCUGGUCCAUGGGAACUACAUCUCAGUAAGUGGGGAAUGCGGCACACAGGUGGUCAUGAGCUACAGUGAAAGCCCGGUCUCUCUAGAUAAGGGGAAGAUCAAUAAGCUCAUUGGGGAACUGGAGUGGAAACUCCCAAACCCACCACCUGAUGUCUAUGCCAACAUUGAGGCUGAUCCCAGCUAUGCCAAACAGUACCUGGCUGAGCGCAUGCUGAACAAACUGAAGACCGGUCUGGGCAGUGGAGUCACCAUUCAUACGGUGCCGGGAAAACUAGAUAUGGCGGGAAAUUUCCCCAUAGCCUCCUAUGUCCUCCAUGAGUAUAAGCACCGCAUGGCAAGUGGCACUGUUUGUAUCUUUGCCUGAGUGAUGCAUGGUAAAUCUGUCCAAAAGUUAAUUUCAGUUUUGGUUGGAAGUGGGGGUUCAGAAAAAGUGAGGGUGCACUGACGUCUUUUCACUCUACAAAAGAGUACAGCAGGAAGAAUGA